ACACAAUUUCAAUUAUCACAGUAUAUACAUGUACAUGUAUAUACCAAUAUAGGGAAACAUUUCUUUGAAUACUUGAAACACCGUAAGUGUUAACUAAAUGGCAGAUAGGACGGUUAAGGUUCAUUUGAUGAGGGGUGGGAGGGAAAUAUCAGAAAUACGACGAUUUUCGUACCCAUCAACGACUACCUUCAAUCAACUAUACGAAAGGAUAAAAGCCGUGUUCCCUGAACUCCAAAACAAAACCUUUAGUCUUCAGUGGCAAGAUGAUGACGGUGACUUUGUGUCCUUUUCUUCGAACGAAGAAAUGUCGGAGUUUACGAAGAAUGCGGUAGACGGUUGCUUGAAAAUAUACGCUAGAGUGCACACACGUACACCAUUUCUCAAGCCAAAACUUAAGGCAUGUGCAACAAAAAUUCCAGAAGUUGGAACAGAAGAAUUUGUGCAAUAUAUUACCAUCGGCGUAAAACUAUUCCCAGAUUACAUGACUGGCCAAGGAAAUGCUGAUCAAAGGGUUUCCGAAAGCGCUGAUCGAUUUGAAAAUGUUGACGUCACCAACGAGAGCACCGAAAAUAACAAAGAAUCAAUUGACAUCGACAAAGAAGUAGAGCGUGUCGACCAGAGUAAUGCUAAGAGCGAGCAGAACACAAAACCCGAGAACCAACUGGAAGAAAACACAGUGACCGAAUGCGAAACCAGUGAAACAUUUAUUUCUGAUCCAUGCAAUGAAAUUGAAGAAGCCUUACAACAGAUGAUGUCAAUGGGUUUCCACAACGAAGGCGGAUGGCUCCUCCGUCUUUUGCAAGAGAAAGAUGGUCACAUUGAGGAAGUGUUGGAAAAUAUUCUUAUUGAAGAAACCCCUCAGCGUACAAGACGACAAAAGGAACAGGGAACAGUACCAGGCACGUGUGGUGGUUGCCAUAGCAAGUCGAUGACAUAUUCGUCUUCGGGGUUUCCAGAGAGCAGCAACCUAUUUCAACACAUUUUUCAACACCUGAGAGUGUAUUUUGUUGAGGAAGGGGAGGAUAUUAGAAGUGAAAGAAGCAACCAGUUGCUAGAUCUCGGGAAAGACUCGAUAAGAAUAUUGGGAAACUUAGCCGAGCCGAAACAUUGCUUCUCAAAGCCUGAAUACACCAAAGCAACAGACGAAAGGGAACCCACUACACAAACAGAAAACGAGGAUUCAAAAGAAAGUGUUCCAGAAAGGAAUGAGAAAUCGGACGAAGAUGUCGAUGGUCCGGCAGCGGGAACAGACUCGUCCAAAAAUGACGGACACUGGACCUUUGUAGAGGACGAAAUCCCGCAGACCAGGGCCGAAUCAAAUCCGGAAGAGAGGACAGAAAGCAAGAGCUACCAGGCAAACAGCCCUCUUACUGCUGAAAACUCUCGGGGUUUUCAAGUAGAGGAUCCACCAAGUGGACUUGACCCGAGAAUUGACGAAUCUUUGACGCAAAUGAUGUCAAUGGGAUUUCAUAAUGACGGAGGAUGGUUGCAGUGCUUGCUUCGAGAAAAUCACGGCAGUAUCGACAAAGUACUGGACAUCGUACAGAAGAGUGUCAAAGAAAACAAAUAAACUAGUAUCGAAAUAAAUUUUCCUAUGAUUGUUCUACUAUUUCUAUGAAUUAUUUUCAAGUAAUAUAUAAUUACUCACGUUUGUAUAUAUAUGGAUACGUAAUGUACUAUUUUCAGCAUACAUGUGUAUGAGCAAGAAUAUUGAGUGAGAUUUUUCUGUUGUCAGUCUGCAAAAUAAUGUCCACCUCAUCACGGAUUUCUGCAUGGUCAUAGGAUGAAACCACAUUUGUAGUGCAGUUUUCCAUUUGGGCAUAGCGGAAAUCCGUACAAAUAUUCUUGAGCAGUGCAACUAGGUUGCAAUUAUUAUUAGACGAUUAAACAUUCUAGAAUCGAUAUACAAUAUGGAUCCAAGAUUGUUCCAAUUAUGAUUUCCUGUACGGCUAGUCCUGCAGGAAUGAUAACAAAAAUUUUAUAGUUAGAUGUUCCGAGACAUUCAAUGCCUAAUCUCGGUUUAGUGUCACGAGCUCACGAGUCAUUUCCGCAUUUGCAUUCCACUACAUUUUCCCCAUAGGAUCCAAAAUAUAAACGAGAGUACUUUUGUCCCCGCCCUCGCCACUCUAUCUAAGAAUUAAAAUGGAGACGUAACAUUAAAUCGAAAGCCCCUUUCAUGUUAUAGAAUUCCUGUAAAAUUGAAAUUAUGCGACACCGGUCAAAACAGUUAUUGAAAAGGGUGAGCCAGCUGUUGCAUGUUUUUCUGUAUAAUCUUUGUACAUUUUAAACCUCGAGAAAACCACAAAGCGAAUUUCAACAAACUUACACAAACGAUUCUUUUUUUAAAAAGGGAGUAUUAGCUUUUGUCAAAAUCGGACCACGUCCUCUCCUAAAGGUGUGGAUGAAUAGGAAAUGGCGUGGAUAUGUCACUAUUUUCUUUAGUAAAUCUUGCAUUCCUGAAGACUAAAGUUUCAAUCACAUUAUCAAACUAAUCACGUUCACUUUGGCAGCCAUGGUUGUUGAAGGAAGUGAUCGAUUUCAUAACUGCUAUAAGGAAUACAAAAUCAAGAGUUGGACAAACACGGCCCCCUGGUUAAUUGGUAUGUUUGGGAUCAUAAUGUAUGGAGACUGUACCGUUACGAGGUUCAUAUGAUGAUCCAGGUGAGCGUUGUGGUACAUGUAUAUAUAGUUUGUUUUAAUUUAUUAUAUUUCCCCCUCGAUUGUUUGACCACGUUAUCAAACAUAAAAAGAAGUGGACAUGGAGGCCCUCUAUUUCAUUAUUUUGUGCUGAUGUAAGUGUAAUGAUAUUUUUAUGCUUGUAUUUUUACAAUCUUUAGUCAGAUUGGUAUUUUUAUUGAGACCUCAAACAUUGGUGACUAAAUAUAAUAAAAAAUCUUUUUUAA